AUGGAAAUAAAUAUCUUUCCGGAUCAAUCUUCUUCGAACGAAAUUCCUUCAGGUCAAGAAACAAAUCCAAGUAACUCAGAAAUACAAAUUCAUCAACUACCUUGCAGCAUUAAUCAUAAUGGAAGAGCCAGUAUCGAAAAUUAUUUCCUGGUAAACGACUUAGAUAAAAAAACGAACCAAAAUAUGUAUGAUUUAAUGGAUACAAAUCAACCGAAUUUUGGGCCAAUCGAAACUCUUUACGAAGCAUUUUUCCGCGGGCGUCGUCUUAUAGGCAGACGCGUCAUGUUGGACGACAAACAUGAAGGUUGCAUAUUUAAAGAAUCAUCACAUACACUCAAUAAACCUAGUUCAUUAACAACAAACGAGGAAAUUGAAGAAACACGAAGUUGGGAAACUUCUCAUAAAUUUCAUUCAUUCAUGGUUCAUGAACCAACUCCUCCUGAUUCGUGA